AUGAUGCGCACCUCCGUCGCCAAGCUCGCCCGCCCGGCGCUGCUCUCCCGGACCUUCGCGAUGACCGCCCGCGCUAUGGCGUCCGGUGACACGGGCGCUCCGCCCAAGACCGGCGGCCAGGGUGACGCCUUCCAGAAACGCGAGCGCGCCAGCGAGGACUACGCGAUCCGGCAGCGCGAGAAGGAGAAGCUGCGGGAGCUCCGGAAGAAGCUGGCCGAGCAGCAGGCCCACCUGCAGGCUCUGUCCGACCACAUUGACGAGAUCACCAAAGAGCAGGGCGGCGAACAGAACUAACCCAAGCGCGACGACGUUCUGUCGAAUGGGAUCGAACAGUAUUACAUCGCAGCCUCUAUUAUGGUUAUGUGGAUGUGGGAUUCGGACCUUGGAUGGGAGAUGGAUAAAUCAGAGACUGUUUGUCGGUGGUUGCUGUUCAGCGUGCCGGGACAUCCGCUCCAUUUUCCUUUCCCUGACAGCAACUUUUGUGACCGGGAAUAUCUCCGUCACUUGUACAAGUAGAUAUGCGAUUUUCUGGCCACCAAACGUAGAAUUUGCAUGCUCUGCUUCGAUUUCUCGCUG